CUUUUUGCUUGCUAACGAACCGAUAGCUUAGCAAGAAGGCUCAAGGAUUUGCUCUUGUGUCUGGCUAGUCUCGUCAUGGCAGCACAAUCUACAUCCUCAAGAGCUUUGCUAUAUUUCUCUGAACGUGUAGAAGAUGCAACCGAAGCAGUGAAAGGAUUAUUGGGAGGAUCGAAUGCAGGCAAAUAUGUCGAUACAUCAGAUGAUGUUAUCCGAGCUCAACUGGAGUCAGAUAGGGAUGAAGUACGUAUCGAUGGCUUAAAGACUGUCAUCACCUUAAUCUCAAAAGGAAGGGAUGCAAGCGGGUAUUUUGCAAGUGUGGUAAAAUUAUCUAGUAAUGCAAAUCUGGAAAUUCGGAAAUUGGUCUACAUAAUUGUAAGAAGAUACGCAAGAAAGCAACCUGAUAUUGCACUUCUUGGAAUCAACUCUUUCCAACGUGAUUUACAGGAUCGAAAUGAAGUCGUUCGAGCAAUGGCAUUGCGUGUUCUGACAGGAUUACGUUUGAAAGUUGCGGCAAGCGUUGUUGAAGUGGCCAUCAGCAAAUGCGUUCGAGAUUCCAGCUUCUACGUGAGAAAGGCGGCAGCACAUUCUCUCAUAAAGUGUGUCGAUAUCUCACCAGAUUCCAGAGAAUCAUUCAAGCAACACCUUGCAACAUUGCUGAACGAUCGAAACCCGGCUGUAUUGGCAGCAGCCUUGGCGGCAUGGUCAGCACUUUCUCCCAACGAUUUGCAAGCAUUACAUGCACACUUUCGUAAGCUAUGCUUUGCGAUGGGAGAUAUGGAUGCAUGGGGACAGAAGCUUACUUUGGACGUGCUAGGACAUUAUGCCAAAAGAUGUCUACCAGAACCAGAGAAGGAUGCUAAAAUAGAUCACGAUCUGGAUCUCCUUCUCAUCAAAGCAGAGGAUCUGCUCUUCAAUCCGAAUGCAGCGGUAGUCACAAGUGCAGCACGUUUGAUAUAUACACUGGCUCCUAUAGAGAAACGUGGCGUCAUUGCUCGGCCGAUGACCCGACUGAUUGAUGAAUCAUCGGAUAUCUCCUUUUUCGCUCUUUUGAACUGUCAAUAUGUUGCCAAACACUCGCCUGAGCUCUUUGCUUCGAUGGCACAUCGCUUCUUACCAAGGUCUUCUCUGAAGGAAUCUGACUAUGUGACAGUGAUCAAGUUGGAAAUUCUAGUCGAUAUAGCAAAGGACAAAGCCUCAGAAGAAUUGGUGGUGACUGAAUUGGUUGAAGAAGCAAUGAACAAUUCGUCAGAAGAAAUUGCAACAGCUGCAGUAACACAGCUGGGAAGAUGGGCAAGUGAAAGCGAUGAUGAUCAAAGGGCGAAAUGCUUAAAGCUUUUAUUGCAAAUUAUCAAGGACAAACGAUCAAAAGGUGAAGUUGUGGCAGAAGCCCUAAAUGUUAUUCGAAGAUUAGUGGAAAAAUCUCCCGAAAAGUUUGCUGGUCCGAUCAUACAUCGUCUGGCACCGAUGCUGUUCACAGCAAGUACUGCAGCAACAAAAGAAGAUGAAAGCGGGAAGAAGAAAAGGUUGAAGCUGGUAGGGAAGGGUGCAAUCAAUGCUCCUGCAGCUCGAGCGACAAUUUACUGGCUUUUGGGGCAGUAUUGUCAAGCGAAGAUCAACGUGCAAUCGGCUGAUGACAAGACUGAGAAGUGGACGAUCGCAUAUGCAAUAGCGCUUGACGUACUACGCAGAGCUGCAAUUAAUUUUUCGAAAGAAGGUGAAACAGCAAAAUAUCAAAUUGUUACACUUUCGACAAAACUGGUCACUUUCUUUCCUACAGUCAAAGAUGCAAAUCCUGCUCACAUCAAGGCUUUGAAUAUUUUGCACGGACACAUUCUUCAACUUGCACGAUAUGAUGAACAUUUUGACGUUCGAGAUCGUGCUAGAUUUUGCAAGGCGCUUACUGAUCGUUUAGAGGUGGGAAUCAAGGCUGAAAGUGAAAAGAACGAAAAAGCGAGCACAUCAAAAGAAGCAGAAGACCCGCAAAUCACUAACGACGAUCAGAUAGAUGAUCAGCUGGGAGGUGUGGUGUUGCGACGUAACCAAGUGAUCCACAUCCUGUUCAAUGGAAUGAGAAGAAAGGACGUUCAAGGCUUUGAUCAUGAUCAACAAGAGCAAAACAAGACAUGGAACACGUUAAGCUCUGCGAUCGGACCACAUCAAUCAGCAACGAUUCCUUACCAAUUGCCCGACUUUUUCAUUGAACCGUGGGCCGAUAAAAGUACACUUCCGCCCAGUACGGUGAGAGAACCAAACGAUCAACCUGUGAUCGAAUCAAAGGAAAAGGUACAAGCGUCCAUUUCGGGCGAUCUUCAUAAACACGUUGUUGAUACGACCCAAUCUUCCGGUCGUUCGACUCCCAAUGCUGCACUUUUACAACAGGCAAACAAUGCAAAGACCAAGUAUAAAGAUUUGGACGCAUUUUUGGAUGCAGACAGUGAAGAGGAGGAGGAGGUCGACAAGACAGAAGAAUUGGAGGAGGGAGAGGAUGAAGAAGAAGAAAGUGAAGACGAAUACGAGAGUGAAGAAGAAGAAGAGGACAAUGAGGAAGUUGAAUCGGAUGAGGAUGCGGGAGAGGUGUCUGAACAAGAAGCGUCGACGUCAAAUCAAUCCAAGCCAACUACAUCCAUCAACCUACCUCAAGAGGAAAAUGCAUGGGCUUAAGACUGGAAUGCAAUGUACUAUUAAUAGCAUAUCAGACACAUAUUCAAUAUACCUUUACGAGCAACAAGUUUACUUUUUGCUUUUGAUAAUCAAACAGAACUGAAUUUGUUGUGAUCAUAUCAACAAUUAUGGACAGAUCGACAGAGUAUAUA